AUGUUUCCAUUGACAAAUAUUAGUCUUAUGAUUUAUUUUGCUCUUGUGUCGCUGAUAGGCACACUUGGCAAUGGAGUCAUUUUAUUUGCUUACGGAAAUCGUUGGAAUUCAUCAAAAUCAACAUCAGUUAUCUUUAUACUUAUUCUUGCUUGUGUUGAUUUAUGGACAUGUCUUAUUGUCGUACCAAAUAUUGCUAUAAUGGAAUAUCGUGAAUUUGAAGUCCCAACACCACUUUGCCGAUUUUAUUCAUUUUCAAAAAUUCUUAUCAUUAUUUCAUCAUUAAUUAUGUCAUUUAUUGCAUUAGACAGAUUUUUAAAUAUUGUCGCUCCACAUCAUCGAUUACUCAAUCCUUGCCGUGUUAAAUGUUUAUUAACAUUGUUCAUUUUAAUUGGCAUUGGAUUAGGUAUAUUAACAGCUUUAGCAUUUUCCUCUGCACCAUAUAGAGAAUUUUAUCUUGCUAAUUAUGCUUUCAUUUUACCCAAUGAAUCACAUAUGUUAAAAAUUGGUUCUCAUAAAAUAUCAAUAACAUUUGCACAAAAAGAUACAUUAUUCCAUGAUCUAUUUAAUAACAUACAUCAACACAUACCUAUACCAUUUGGUGCCAAUAUAACAAAUGUAAGUUUAUCAUAUAUAUCAACAAAUGGAAGAUGUUUUGCUGAUACAUCAAUUAUAUCUGAAACAACACGAGAAAUUUUACGACAUACAUCAAAUAAAUUUUUUUUUAUUUCAAUUGGUAUUGUUACUAUACUUUAUACAAUAACAUUUGUACUUGCUUUACAACGACAAAAUCCUCGUAUACGUGCAUUAAAAAAAAGUUUAAAUGUAUUAAAUAAAUUUAAUUCUAAUCCAUUACAUGAUCAUCAAAUAAAUCAUCAUCAUCAUCAUCAUCAACAACAACUACGUAAUGAUUCAAUAAUAUCAUCAUAUUCUGCAUUAUAUACACCAAUGAAAAAUAAAUCAUCACAUAUCGAAUCAAACCAUUUAUCAACACAUGAUAAUCAACAAUAUGCUAUGUCAACUUUUAUUAGUACUGAUGACUUUAAUGAUCAGAAUGUUUUAAAUGAACCAAAAAAUGAUUGUCAAAUAAGUAUAUCAGAAACACCAUCAGAUGAUUUACAAAUAUCAAGAGAAAAACUUUCAAAUAUUAAACAAGUUUCAUUCCAAGUCGAGCAUGGCGAUAAUAUAAUAACGGAUGAUGAUAAACAACAAUUAUCUUUUAUAAGAAAUUCAUUUGAUGCUGAUUUAAAUCAAAAUACAGGAACAUAUUAUAAACUCCCAUGUCCAUGUUCGACGACACGACAUUUAUUAAUUAAAUUUCAUUUUAUUCAACCAACAUUCGAUAUACAUCAAUGGUUUUAUUGUUGUUGUAUAAAAAAAGCUUCAUCAUCAAAUGAUCAUCAAUUAUCAAUCUUAAAUACAAAUGAAGAUGAAACAUCAACGAUAUUACCGCCACCAUUACCAAAUACUCAUCCACAACAACCAUUAAUAUCAAAUAGUGCUAUAUUAAAAAAACAACUUUAUCGACAUCGUUUAAAACAAAUACGUAUGGCAUCAACAUUUUUAUUAAUAACUGUUUCGUUUGUUCUUUUUUAUUUACCAUCAAUAUUGAUUGCUGAACGUUAUAUAAAAAGUUCUUUAAUGAUUUAUUAUUUGUAUUUAUGUACACAUGCAUUAAAUCCAAUUAUUUAUUGUUUUAUGAAUAGAAGUUUACGUGCUUAUAUAUUUACAAUGUUUAAAUGUCGAGCGAAACGAACGGAACGUGGUUGUACAAGUGGAGUAACAACAAUUCUUGAACGAUAA